GCGAUUAUUGAUUAUAUGUUAAAACGACAUACCAAAAUAAAGAGGUGGCCUUUGGCCGUCCAUCUUUUUCGCGUCACACUGGCAGUUAGCGAGAGCAGCAGCACGAACAAGAAGACGCAUCUUCACGCUUCCAGACUGCCGUUUGGAUACAUUUUGUCCUACAUCUAUUGGCAAGACUCGGCUUUACUCUACAAUUUGUUCGAGAUUUUAUAUUUGUUACUAGUGUGCUGUUGUUUGUGCGUCAGCAUGGCCGUCGUCAUCCGUUUACAGGGACUGAGUGUCACAGCAGGUUCUGAGGAUAUUCGCAGCUUCUUCUCUGGCCUCAGAAUCCCAGAUGGAGGUGUGCAUAUUAUUGGUGGGGAGCUAGAUGAAGCUUUCAUUAUCUUUGCUUCUGAUGAAGAUGCAAGAAGAGCCAUGUUACGGUCAGGGAAGUUAAUCAAGGACUCACAAGUAACUUUGCUACUCAGCAGCAAAACAGAGAUGCAGAAUGUACUUGAAAGAACGACCAAAACGUGUGAGCGUGACAAGAAGAGGCAGUUUGAUGACAACGCUAGACAUGGUCAAAGAUCUGUGAACAUAGAGGUGGGAAGGAGAUCCAGUAGCCGAUCAGCUAUUAGCCCUUCCUCUCAGCACCAAAUGUCUUCAAACUCAGAAGACUUCUUUGGUGUGUUUCUGAAUGGGCUGCCUUUUUCUGUAAAUAAAAGGGAAAUCCAAGACUUUUUUGGUGGUUUACUCAUUGUGGAAAUUCUCCUACUAAAAAAUUUUAAGGGACUAAACAAUGGAAGAGGCUUUGUUAGAUUUGCAACGGAGCAAGAUUUGAUAAAAGCCCUGAAGAGGGAUCGGGAAUACAUUGGGUCAAGAUAUAUUGAGGUUAAACUGACAACAAUUCAUUACUGGCAUAAGGCCGUUAAUCAUAUUGAAAUGGAUCUCAACCCAGAUGACUACCUGGAAAGAGGGAGACCCCCUGUUCAUGGUCAGAGAAACCCCCAACAUCGUGAUCGAUCACGAUCACCCAUGUCUCAGAGGCAUAUUGCUCCAUCUGAUAAGGAAUACUGUGUGAUGUUGGAAAACCUGCCUUUUGGAAUAGAGCAAGUUGGUAUUAAACAGCUUUUUCCAAAAUCAAAGCUUGAGAAUGACCAGAUCCUGUUCGUUGCUGACAGUGAUCGAAGAAGAUCUAGAUCUGCAUUUGUACUCUUCAGGAGCAUUCGUGACUACUGUGAAGCUUUAAGUCAGGAGAAAAGAGAGUUUUGUAACCGAUGGAUUUAUACUCGUCCAAUCUCCAGAGAGAACAUGCUAAGGAUUCUGGAAUCUCAUAGUUCGGCUGUUAGGCCGUACAGAGAUUCUGAAAAGCAUCAGGAAAGAGCUCCAUCUCACCUCAAGGACUUGUAUGACUCUGAGAAAGCCUGCGUAUUUGUGAGGAACCUCCCAACUGAUGUGCGGAAAGUUGAGAUAAUUGAUUUCUUUCAUGGAUUUAAUGUCAUGGAGGACAGAGUUUGGGUUCUGCAUGACCAUAGAGGUGCUGGAGUUGGGCAAGCUUUGGUUCUCUUUGUGUCUGAAGCAGAGGCUGGAAAUGCAAUUACUCAAAAUGGACGCCGGUUUCUUGGGUCUGAAAUCACAAUGAAAUGUAUUUCACGUGCGCAGAUGAAACAGCUGGCUGCUGAGCCAGCAGAAAAACAAGAACCAUUGCCAAAAGAUGAACAGCACUUCAACAUGGGAAGUAAGUCGCUUUAUCCCUCUGGUGAUGUCUAUCCUGAUGUAAGGAAAGAUAGUUAUAUGACCAAUGCAAAUGUCAACGCCUGCAUGGGUUUUGACUACGAACAUUGUUCAGUGAGAUGUCGUUCUCCACAAGAUCUUGGAAAUGGGUUUCAUGGCAGGUUUGGUUCUCCUGAACAGCGUUUUGAUGGUCCCACUUGUGUACAGUUGGUGAACUUGCCAUUCCAAAUCAGACCUGAGGAAGUCUAUGAUUUCUGUUACGGAUAUCGUAUCAUACCUGGAUCUGUCUCUCUUCAGUACGAACAGAAUGGGAAAGCUAAAGGCUCUGCCACCUUGGUGUUUGAGUCUCGUAAGGAGGCUCUGCAUGCAGUUCAAGAACUAAGUGGAAGACCGAUCGGUCCAAGAAAAAUACAGUUGUUACUUGUCUGAUUGUGAAGUUACCUUUUGGGAUUAAGUCAUACUCUGACAGUGUUAAUGUACGUACUAAUAAUGUGCCAGAAUCAAUUAAUUGGAGUGUUUAGAGCGAUUUUUCGUAGCAUGGUUCUUGUGCUUUUUUGAUAUUGUUUUAAUGUAGUUUUUUCCCAUAAUGCAGUGAAACUGUCAGAAUAAGUUGCUUUUGACAUUGGGUUUGAAAAUGCUAAGUCAGCAGUAAUGACAACCACUGUUCCUUGCUUUUCUCAGUUGCUAAUAUGUUCAGUUUUACAAGAGUAUUGUAUAAUACAAAUACUAUUGGUCUGCUUUAUUUUCUUUUUAAAAUAAAGAAAAUCUCGAA